GUUUUAUUUCUAGCUUUAGAGCGUCUCUUUCCUUUUUCGUUUACUUUUCAAUAUUUUCCCCUAAAAAUGUCGAUUCCUUCUGUAAUUGCUCUAACGGCUACUUUUUCUCCAGAGCAUCAUAAGAUACCUCAACGUUAACGAUAACAAAUUAAUUAAGAUCAGUUUCGAUCAAUUGCUUGUGAUCCGAUUAGAGAGUUCCGGAGAUGGAACAGCCGAAGAAAGUUGCUGAUAGGUAUCUAAAGCGAGAGGUUCUUGGUCAAGGUACUUAUGGAGUCGUCUUCAAAGCUACUGAUACAAAGAAUGGAGAAACUGUAGCGAUCAAGAAAAUAAGACUUGGUAAAGAGAAAGAAGGUGUGAAUGUAACAGCUCUUAGAGAAAUCAAAUUACUUAAAGAGCUUAAGCAUCCACAUAUAAUUGAGUUGAUUGAUGCGUUUCCUCACAAGGAGAAUUUGCACAUCGUGUUUGAGUUCAUGGAGACUGAUCUCGAAGCAGUUAUCCGAGAUCGUAAUCUCUAUCUUUCGCCUGGUGAUGUCAAAUCUUACCUCCAAAUGAUAUUGAAAGGUCUUGAAUAUUGCCAUGGCAAAUGGGUUCUGCACAGAGAUAUGAAGCCAAACAACUUGUUGAUAGGACCCAAUGGACAGCUGAAACUUGCAGAUUUUGGGUUAGCACGUAUAUUUGGUAGCCCAGGUCGUAAGUUUACCCACCAGGUGUUUGCUAGAUGGUAUAGAGCACCUGAACUUUUGUUUGGUGCAAAACAAUAUGAUGGUGCAGUUGAUGUUUGGGCUGCUGGCUGCAUUUUUGCUGAACUUCUAUUACGCAGACCAUUUCUUCAGGGAAACAGUGAUAUUGAUCAAUUAAGCAAAAUCUUUGCUGCCUUUGGGACUCCAAAAGCAGAUCAGUGGCCUGACAUGAUCUGCCUUCCUGAUUAUGUAGAGUAUCAAUUUGUCCCUGCUCCUUCUUUACGUUCUUUACUCCCAACGGUUAGUGAGGAUGCUUUAGAUUUGUUGUCAAAGAUGUUCACCUAUGACCCCAAGUCUAGAAUAUCGAUUCAGCAGGCUCUAAAACACAGGUACUUCACAUCUGCACCUUCACCUACUGACCCUUUAAAGCUCCCAAGACCAGUUUCCAAGCAAGAUGCUAAGUCAUCUGAUAGUAAACUUGAAGCCAUUAAAGUGCUGUCACCAGCACAUAAGUUUAGAAGAGUGAUGCCUGACCGAGGAAAGUCUGGUAAUGGUUUCAAGGACCAGAGUGUUGAUGUCAUGAGACAAGCUAGCCAUGAUGGACAAGCACCAAUGUCUUUAGAUUUCACCAUCUUAGCUGAGCGGCCACCAAACCGACCAACCAUCACCAGUGCAGAUAGAUCUCAUCUGAAGAGGAAACUUGAUCUCGAGUUCCUAUAGGAUAUCGCGUAACAGGCUUCUUCUUGACGUCGUUCUUCAGGUUCCUAUAGCCUAUAGGAUCUCUCUUACUGGUUGGUUCCGUUCAGUAAUUCCUGAAAUUUUUCAUAUCACAACUAGUGAUGACGAAUAGUUUGAAUCAUUCUUUCUGUCUAAAAUAAAGAAUAUAAAGCACAGAUGAUUAACUAAUCAUCAUGUACACCCUUCAUAGAAAAAUCUCUGUUUUUGGCCUAUGUUUAGAAGAGAGCUCUGAUCCCAAACUCAUUCUUCGUUCAUUUCCAAUUUAAAGUCCAGAAUUUUUAGUAUCGAACACGUUGGUGUAUUACAUAUAUGAAUUUUUGAUCUCAUUACACUAAUGCUCGAUGAGAAUGGAAACACAUCCAAGGAAUUUCAAUAACUAUGUAA